AUGGAUAGUAAUAAAUAUUUAAUUAAAAAUUGCCCUGAAACCAUUAGGUAUAUUCCAAAUUUUAUAUCAAUUGAGGAAGAAGAAUACAUGUUACACUUGAUUAAUAAUGCUCCUUUACCAAAGUGGGAUUGUUUAUCAAAUAGAAGAUUACAAGUUUAUGGUGGUAUUAUAAAUAAAAAAAAAAUUUUAAUUCCUGAUGAGGGAAUACCACAAGGCCUUGAUUAUAUUAUUGAAAAAAUUGUGUCUGUUGAAGAUGGUUUCAAAUUAGAUAAAAGACCAAAUCAUUUAUUAGUCAAUGAAUAUCUUCCUGGUCAAGGAAUUAUGCCUCAUACUGAUGGUGAUGCUUAUCAUCCUUUAGUUGCCACAAUAAGUUUAGGUUCACCAAUAUUGUUAGAUUUUUAUAAAACUUUAAAUCGUGAAUGUGUUGCUUCUUUUAAUGAGAGAUAUAUUGGUUCAAUGUUUUUGGAACCAAGAAGUCUUGUUUUGUUAUCAAAUGAUAUUUAUUCAAAUUACCUUCAUAGUAUUGCAGAAAGAGAGGAGGAUGUUAUUACGGAGAAUAUAUUUAAUUUGGAUCAAAUUACCUUAAAAAUUGGAGAUGUUGUCAAAAGAAAAACUAGAGUUUCAUUAACAUAUAGACAUGUUGAUAAAGUAAGUAAACUUAAUGUUAUGAACUUACUAAAAAAAUAA